GGAUUGCUUCAGAUGAUCGGAGAUGAGGACCAGCCACACUCAUCAUCUGCAGCAUUCAGUGGAACAACAGCUGAAAAGUUCGCCCACCAUCUAAUGGAAUCCGUAGAGAAGUUUCACCUGAAUGCAAAACAUCGACAGUCGCCGGUACAUAUAGUGAAGGCACUUUCCGCAAUGGAGAUUGGCGGUGUGGCUGGUUCUUCUCGUUCUGAUUAUGACAUUGUGCGAGCUCUUAUCCGUUCGGCUACCAGGAAGUAUAUGCCUUAUGAGACUUUUCGAGUGCGUGGGCUUGCUACUUACUCAGACCGUUGUCUCGUGAUGCCGAUGUCAAAUCAAUUUGUUGCGAUGGAUGCGCUCAACACUAUUUCAAUAUCUGGAUUAGAUUUUACAGAGAAAAUAAUUAGCACGCUGGUGAUUUCGAGCCAACCCCCAAGAGCGGAUGGGCAAGUGCCUACUGCCCUCUUGCUUGUCUUGUCCAAUCUAGGGCGCCUUCGUUUUUGCGAUUUGCGUAUAGGAGAGUGUCUCCAUACAUUUCAAUUACCCAUCCGGCGCUUCAAAUUCAAACAUAUACAUUGGAACAAAGCGUAUUCUGAAGUGUGGUUGCUUGGGAGAGCUGUGUUGCCGGGAUGCGAAAAUGGUUCCGAACGCACUGGAGCUAGCCCUUCCAUAGCAGUGUUUGAAAUCCAGCCCGCACGAUUCAAAGCUUUGCUUCAACUUGAUAAAAACCUUUUUCAAAAUGUAUACGCUGCUGGACUGGAAGAUGAUGUAUUAGUAACUUUCAAUACCUCACCGCAUAGUUGUGCACUAUACAGUUUUGAUGAGAUUUAUCGCGAGCACUGCAUUCGUGUGUACGAUCCAGUGACAGAUUCUGGUCAGAAUGAACCGGUCGCCUUCAAUGUGAAGUUGAACAAAACUCCGAACAAGCUUUUAGAUAUAAAAGGGGAUUUCUCUGGUGUUUAUUUUGGUGGAUGCUGUAAGGUUGUGUUGUGCGAACCACAAACGUUUCGCCAAGACUAUGUAUUACAUGAGAUAUCAACUAACGAAACUCCAUUUUUGCAUGAUAUGCGAUUGCUUGGGCCUCAACAAGGAGUUGCAAUAACUAUUGAUUGCUCAACAAUGAUGCUAUGCAAAGACGAUUCAUCAAACUUUUUACGGUUUGAAGGGGUUCAUCUUGCAUGUUACGAGGUUUCCAGCUUGAUAUCGGAUCCUAAGCACAGUGAAGUUCGCGUACGAUGGAGAACUGCACUUCUUCCGAUGAGACGAUCAGAGACGGAUGGACAGUGGAUAACCGGCCCUUCUCGCCGAGAAUCGGUUAGCACAAGGUUUGGCAGAGUCUCCCGUGCUGUGAAUGUGAAUGUCAUGGACAGCGUACCAUUGCGCAUCAUCAAGUCUUCGUACGAUGGGGGAUCUGAUUUGAUCCAUUUAUUGACACUGUAUGACAUCGCGAACGUAGACAGCUGCUCAACAGUCGGUGCUGAACCUGAUCCGGACUGGAUCACUCUCGUAAUAAGCAUCAGAGGUGUCAGUGGGGAGAUAUACAAGAUCACUCCGGUUAGAAAGGUUGACAUUGACGCUCUAAAAAAGGUGAAUCUUGUCGGAGAGGAUGAGAUACUGGUACUUACCUGUUAUGAUGGUAGGAACACUAUCGCUGAGAUGUAUUGUUUGAGAGAGGAAGAUGCGAAGAAAUGGCAGGCAGAAAUUAUCAAGGAAAUGCCUUUUUCGGAGUACACGCCGAAAGUUCUGAGUCACAAGCAGAAGCGGAAAACGCGUGCAGCAACGCAUUAGCUACGGAUACGUAAAGGGUAUCAUAUCGAUUCGUAUGACGUCGUUCAUUGUUGUUAUUGUUGUUAGCACUGUUGUCUUUUAUUGUUAGUAGUUUUUUUUUGGAAGAUAUGUGCAAGCUCGAUUUCAAUUGUAAUUUCAUUUUGUUUCCUUUCAUUGAAUCAUUACAAACUUUCACCUACAUAGUAGAGGCAUCCUAUCUUAUGCUACUCGUUAUUCAGUGAUUGCUGCCGAUUUCCCUUCAUUUUUCAUGUAGUAAUAUUUUUGGUUAGCUCGAAAU